AUGGACACCAGAAGCUACCCCAGCCCUCCAGACAGGUUCUCGGUCUUCGCUGAGUCUGCCCACUUGCCGCUGUCCAGACCCUUCUACCUGGACCCCAUGGUCACAGUCCACCUAUGCCCCGAGGCCCCAGGGCCAGCCUCUUACACAGACGAGCUGCCUCUGCUGCCCUUUUCCAGCGAUACCCUGAUCAUGAACAAUUACGGGGACCCAUACCCCUUCCCCUUCCCCAUGCCUUACAGCAACUAUAGGCGCUGUGACUAUACCUACGGACCGGCCUUCAUCCGCAAGAGGAAUGAGCGAGAGAGGCAGCGAGUCAAGUGUGUGAACGAAGGCUAUGCCCGGCUGCGGCGGCACCUGCCGGAGGACUACCUGGAGAAACGGCUCAGCAAAGUGGAGACCCUCAGGGCUGCCAUCAGGUAUAUCAGCUACCUGCAGUCUCUCUUGUACCCAGAUGAGACUGAGACCAAGAAGAAGCCUCAAACAACCGACUGCAGCUCCCUGGACCCGGCUCUGAGAGUCAUUUGA